CCUCACCUCCAACAUCUAACUAACCACUUCCAGCCUCUUCUGGUUGUCACUCCUCGUUUCUCCUUUUUUUAUUAGGUCUCUGUAGAAAUAAAGGUCCACUACAAUACAGUACUUCUCACCUAUAUCGCUCAGUGCAUUCCAGAACAGCGCAACCAACCUUCCUUCUCUGUCCUGUCUUGGCUCGCAGGGAGAACCACAUUAUAACGCAAUCAACAAGCUACAAACUGGCCGAUGAUGACAAGCAACACGUGGACAACGCCCCACGCUCUCGCAUCACCAUGUUUACCGACUCAGGUUCUGUGUCUGUGGAAAUGUUAAGGCAAUACGACACACUCUCCAGCCAGGCCGCGACACGGUGGGAGAACACUGCACGCCCUCCACCGCACCCACUACGGUGCAUCAUGUGGCUGAACUGGGGCUUCAUGCAGUUCCUACCACCAGUGAUAGCUAUCUUUUUCCUUGUGGAUUUACACAAGACUGCGAUUCCGCGUAUAUAUAACGAGUCUGCGUUCCCUGUUCAAGUUCUUCUUUGGGUCUCCAUGACCGUGACCUCAUUCUGUUUCUAUGCCUCGAGCUGGAUCCCUCCCGGCCGAGUGUCGGAGAGGGAGCAGGGAGGCAGAAGGGCACCCAACACCUGGCGUGCCUGUAAGCUUUGCAGACAUGACGUGCCUCCCAUCGCUCGCCACUGUCAGGUAUGCAGGAUGUGUAUCUGGGAGCGCGACCACCACUGCUUCUUCAUUGGGAACUGUGUGGGCAGGGACAACAUCAACGCCUUCAACCUCCUGUGUAUUCUGACGGCGGCGUGCGGCUUCCUGUACCUGGCUGUGGUGAUGGGAGGGGCGGUGCUGCGCGAAAGGGAGCUGCAGCAUGCUGACUGGAUUCUUGGCUUCAUUUGUCUGAGUCUUCUUUUAGGAUGCACCCACAUGUACCUCUACGUAAGGAAUCGCCGCACACGUAUGGUGCAGAGGUUCCCCAUAUUCUUUGAGUGACGGAACA